AUGACCCUAGAAAAACCUGAAAAGCAAUAUUACUUAAGUCCAUUUCCAAAAGAUGUUAUUGGAUUAAUAGCAUCGAGUUUUUGUGUCCAAAAUACUAGGGAGCAUAUACUUUGGAAUUGCAGCAAAAAUAUAACAGAUCUUUCUAGGAAGAAUAAAUUUAUAGAUAUUUUAAGGGAAGAUCUCCUCCUUAUGAACUGA